AUGGGUUACUGGCUGGAGCUAAGAGCCUGGCUCCUGCGCGAUCCUGCCAAACUCAUACGCUACCUCGUGCUCUUCGUCUGCAGCAUAAUCGUUAUAGUGCAGCUCUACGAGUGCUUUUCCAAGCUAUCCGAUCCGCCUAUAUCCACGCACUCGUAUUAUAAUGUCAAUCACACCAUAGAAAUGCCUGCGAUUACGCUUUGUCGCGAACCGCCCUAUCGAGAGGAUGUUUUAACAAAUAUUUCCCGUGGAUAUUGUCCCCAUCCGAAAUAUGCGACCUGCUGGAUGGAUUAUCCUUUUGGUGAAAUUCCCUUUGAAGAGUUCUUUGCCAACGGCACCUUUGAACAGGACGAGACAUUCUACCUAUAUGGAUUGAAUGGCGAUAAAAAUAAUGUUGUCAUCGACAGCAGCAUACACUUUUAUAUGGGUCGCUGUUACACUCUGCGUCCAGUCACGGCCAUGAAACGGGUAUCCAGGGCGGCGGGCUAUUCCCUUAUGCUGGAGCAUAAUGCGAACAAAUUGGCCAGCGAUGUGGAUCUAACGGCUGGCGCGGGCUGGCACGUGUUCAUCCACGACAAGCGCGAGAACUUUACGGAGAUCAACAUGAAAGGCUCGGGCCGCGUGGAGUAUGUCUUUGUGAACAUCAAUGAGGAAAUUGAAAUUAAGCUACAGAGCCAGGUAUUUUCGAAUGUGGAAACACACACCGAAACCUGCUCCAGAGCGGACGGCUACAGUGAUCUAAAGUGUGGCGAGAUAUGCAUCUGGCAAGAUCUGGGUGAUGAGGUGGACUGCUCGGGUCCCUGGAUGCAUGAGAUUAAUCACGAGCCCUGCAACAAUACGAAAUCUAUGCGCAAUCUCAUCGAAAACUACAGAGCGGUGUACGAAAGCAGCGAUGAUUACGAAUGCGACUGCCUGGAGCCUUGCGAGUCGCGCAUCUAUACGACCUACAUACAGAGCCGGAAAACCUUCUAUCAGCCCGAACCGCGCACAUUGCUCUAUAUAUACUACACGACCAAGCUGAUAUCGAUGAUUGAAGAGCGUCCCAGCUAUGAUACAACCCAGUUUAUAGCAGAUGUCGGUGGCUCUCUUGGUUUUCUGCUUGGCCUCUCAGUGCUGGGCAUCAUCGGCAUAUUGGAGCAUUUAACAUUAUUCUUCUGCGGCGACUGCAUAAAGCGCCUCCAACUGAAGAACGAGCAGCGCAAUCGCUCCGACAGCCCCGAGGAUGGGCAAUCGCAGGCCAGCGUCGAGACGCUGGACAUCAAUGACGUCUUCACAGUGGAGAAAGCGCAAUUGGGCAAAUAUUGA